GGGAAUACAGGAAAUCAGGAAUACAACGCAUUAUCAUCGAAAAGUGCAAGCUAAAAAAGUUAAAUAGGCAGACCCAUUAAAAAAAAUCAAUAUCAAAAUGAUGUGGUGGCCAUUUAUCGUUUUAUCUUGGAAUAUUCUGUGUCGGUUUGUUUUUGGUGUACCAGUGGCUCAGAUAUCGUAUUCACAACUUCCACAAAUGCCCUCUGGGAUCCAAUAUAUUGGGAAUAUACCUUUACCGGGAGGAAUACAACAGUCGUUGCUUACGGCCAACUUUACUCCCAACCAGAUUGUUACUUCAAGUGGUAUUGCAACGAAUCCAUUUGAUGUGGGACUACCAGCGACAUUCGAUUUCUUUGGAUCAGGCAUCGUUGAUGCAGGAAGAGGAAUUGGAAGUGCAGUGUCUUCGUUACUCGGAAAGGUCGGUCUUGGCGUCAGUACGCUUGUUAGUGGUUUAUUAGGAAUGGGUGGAAUGAAUACGAAUGCUUAUACAUAUUCCGUUCCAAUCGGAUCAAAUAGCAACACUCCAACGUCAAGUCCAACACAGACUGCUCAGCCGUCACAAACUGGAACACAAACUACUUAGAAGCUGGUAGAUUUGGAGUGAACAAGGAAAGAAACUGAUUUAAAUUUAAAUAGCGAAAAAAAAUGUUAUGAAGAAAUUCGAAAUUAAACUUUUAGAUGACCAACGUUGAAUAUGUCCAAUGUGUUUAAACCACUAGAUGUGUAUAAAAUCUCAUUCUGAAUUAAUAGACAAUUUUCAGAUAGUCUCUAUUGAUCCUGCACAGUUUUGUCCUUGUUAGUAAUCGCUCAAUUUUUGUUCAGAACAAACAAGAGUGACAUUAAACAAAAUCUGUUUCAUUUUAUUUGUAAACAAAAAUAUUCGUGAUGCGCUAGUUUUAUUUCAUUCUUGAAAUUGUUCAAUGAAAUUCUUCGACAGUUCGUCGACCGAGGGAUUUGUAUAGUAUUCAUUGACUAACCCAUGUGACACAAUCAAUUUGUUUCCGCAACGCAAUAGUUUGCUAUUUGUUGUAAACAAUUGACUCAAUUGAGUCAG